AUGAACAGACAGCCGGCGCCGUUGACGCCGUGCCAGGCCCUGGCCCGGACGCUGGGGUGGAUCACGUCGAUUGCGACCAUGGUGGUGCUCGGCUUCAUCGCCAACCGCUGGCCGGAAAGGUUUGGCUCCAUCGCAGGCGGCAUGGCGGGUGUCGCCAUCGCCAUCCUCAACGACAGCUGGCAGAUGAUGUCCGCCACCAACCACUCCACCGGCUUCCAGGCCCUGCCCCCGGCGCGCGCCAUGCUCCAUGACAUGGUUUCCAUGGCCAUCAGCCUCGGCGGCCUCGUCCUCGUCAUCUUUACGGGCAGCGACACCGCAGACGACGGCUACGACCUGCAGCACGCGCUCGACGACUCCCAGUACGGCGCGGCGUUUACGCCGCGACGGCUCAUGAACACCGCGCACUGGUUCUUGAUGGCGGUAAUAUUGUGGCGGCUUGUCUUUGCCGUGUGGGGGUGCUAUGUCUGUGUGAGGAUUGCGACGCCGGAGCACCAGCGGCUGCGGCACCGUCGACAGAUGGAAGAGGCCCAAAUGUAUGAUGCAUGA